AUGAAUGCUGUUGAGGAGCAUGAUGAAUAUUUUGUGCAGAAGAGGAACGCGGCUGGUACCCUAGGACUAUCUUGUUUGCAGAAGGUUGUGGCAGCAUUUCGACUGCUAGCUUAUGGCGUCGCGGCCGAUGCUUUGGACGAGUAUAUUUGUAUUGGUGAGAGUACCGCUUUAGAAGCUUUGAGAAAGUUUGCCGUGGCUGUUGUUGAAAUUUUUGGACAGGAGUACAUGAGAUUGCCUAAUGAAGAGGAUACCGCUAGAUUACUGGAAAUUGGAGCAAGCAGAGGUUUCCCUGGUAUGCUUGGGUCCAUAGAUUGUAUGCACUGGAGCUGGAAAAAUUGUCCUACUACAUGGCACGGUAUGUACCGUGGACAUAAAAAGGAGCCAACAAUUAUACUUGAAGCAGUUGCUUCUAAAGAUCUCUGGAUAUGGCAUUCAUUCUUUGGUAUGCCUGGUUCACACAAUGAUAUUAAUGUGCUUCAAAGGUCUCCUAUAUUUGCAAGGCUUGCUGAGGGAGAAGGUCCACAAGUUAAUUUCAACAUCAAUGGAAAAGAUUAUUCUAUGGGUUAUUAUCUUGCAGAUGGCAUAUAUCCUUCAUGGGCCACUUUUGUGAAGACUAUUCCAGAGCCUCAAGGUAAUAAAAAGAAAUAUUUUGCAAAGGCACAAGAAGCUUGUAGAAAGAAUGUUGAACGGGCAUUUGGAGUCCUACAAUCUCGGUUUGCUAUUGUUCGUGGGCCGGCUCGCUUGUGGGAUGAAGAGUCGCUAGGAAAUAUUAUGAGGGCUUGCAUCAUAAUGCAUAACAUGAUUGUUGAAGAUGAGAGAGAUGAGUACACUGAUGAAUAUGAUUGCGACUAUGACGACAUGGGAGCAAAGGUGACAGUAUCCCAUAAUGAAGCGCCAGAACUAGAAGCUUUCAUUCAGAAUUACAAGAACAUCAAGAAUAAGGAAACCCACACUCGGCUUCAGGCAGAUUUGAUCGAGCACCUAUGGAAUUACCACCCAGAUUUAUACUCUCUUGAUUAA